AUGCCUGCUAGUCCGGACUAUGCCUACAUAUACUCAUGGAUUCUCGAUAAAGAAACUCUUCGGUUUUUCUUCAUCGACGAAAACUGGAUUGAUGCGUUGAUCGACGGGGCAUUGAGUCUGGCAAACCACUGGGGCUAUGCGCCAGACAUGGACAAGUCGCGCACUGCUAUCAAGUCUGCUAUUAAUGAGCGUCUACGAACCCCAGACGAGUCUCUUGGAGGCUGGCACAUUCCAAUGCCUCGAUACGGAUUCCUAUUACGCAGUCAAUUACUUGCCCAGUUCCCAGAUGUUGCAGUCGAAGUUGUCUUCUCAGAGACUCGAAGUGAGCCGAUAUCGAGUACUGGAGGCAACUCCAGUGUACAAGCUUCUGAGAACACGCCUCCCAAGCAACCUAUCCUUGUUCAGAAGCGACUUGCUCCGGAUACAAUGUACUGCUUAUUCGAUGCCGCGCCACCAGACCUCCGCCGCAUCAUCCUCAGAAUGCCUCCACAUCAACAGUGUUUCAAAAUUGGACAGACACUGACCAACGAGAAGCUGACAGUGCCGUGGAAGAAGCUGUAUACGACAACAGAGAGACCGAGCACUGCUCAACCAGGCGAUACACUUGGCUCUAUCGACUUUGACCGUAUUGGCAAACCAGCGCCCAUUUUUGAUUGGAGUCUGCGCACGCUUAACCCAGAGAACUUUGCAACAUUUUUGGUUAAUCGUGAGCGUCAAGGGAGAGAGGAGGAGUUCUCUGAUAAGGAGCCAACUUCAGCGGUGCUUGGACUGCAGCUGAACAAUCCAAUUCUUGAGCUGGAUAUCGGUGAUUUAUCUGCUCAAUAG